GUCAGCCAUACAGUCAGUGGAAGGAUCGUGACAAACCGGGAUACAUUCACUUAUGUAAUGAUGUUGCCUUAACGCGCUGGCUGGAUAGAAUUUGGUUUCCGUUCUACAGUAACUCGUACUUGGACGGGCAACUGUAGCAACCGCCUUGUAGCUCAUUCUUGCCGUAGGCUAUUUACGUAUAACAGCAUGUUCACCCACCAGAUCAUAGUCCGCGAGUAGUUCUCUUACGCCGGCGUCGCGCGGCUGCUGCAUGCGACAGACCCCCAUGGCGAGCAGGUCUCGACGUACGGACUGCAGCUGCCCUACCGCUACAGCGUCCCACUGCUGGUCCCCAGCAGCGUGCUCUAUUGGACGGUCUCCAACACGCAUUAUAUAGUCAUUAUCUACGUCGGUAAGACUUUUCCUAUGGCGCCACUGUCCCCAUCAGUUUUGAGAUACUGGUCCUUGUUUUCGCAGCAACUAGAUAGUCAUGAGUGCGACGUGUUACGCCUCAACUGUAGAGGCCUUUCUUCGACGUAGACCUGUUAAGCGCCUCCCCGCGGUACCCCUAGAGGAACGCGACGUGGAUUCUGGACUAGUAAUAGUACAAGGCCAGCCUUAUCGCGGUAACUGCUUUUGGACGCUACCAUAGAUAUCGAAAUGUCGGACUUGGGGAUAGGUACAGCAAGGCAUACAAACGGUAGUCUAGGGGCGUUGACGGAUGACUCGGAGAACGACUGGGUGAGCGAUACGGGAGAUGAAGAAAACGCGGUGGGUGAUCUCGAGACGGGUCUUCAGUGCCAGGAGCGCCGUGUUCGGCUGCAGAUAUACCGUUUGCGAUUAAAAUGGGGCGAGAUGCAAAUGCCGCCGCCCUUCUACGAACAGUGCGAGGAGUUGGAAGGGUCAGUAGACUAUUUGAGCUUUGGGACCGAAAGACAGUGGUUAGGGGAGCCAAAAGAAGGGCGGUUGUAUGUCAUUUUGCAAUGAUUAAAAGACCAUGGCAACAUGGUUAGAACCUAUUCAUAGGAUCUUUUCUCACAAAGCUCGAUUUUAUUUUAUU